ACUCUUGUUGCUACAUUGUGAUUAAGUCACACACUUCCUUUACUCUUUGGUCUCACAUGUGUUUAAAUCUUGCUUAUACCAAAGAGCUACUAUUUGUUAUGCCGAAUGAAAAUCUAAUACCCUCCUUUGGUGAUAUCAUCGUGUUUUGAAUUCAUUGAUUUCUUAUGUCUAAUUAAACCUUUUGAGUUUGAAGUAUUUCAUUGUGAUUUUUUGACGACCAUAGCCGCCAUGGAUAAAGAAGAUGGAAAUAAUGAGAAAUUGAAAAUUAUAAAUAGAAAAAGGAAAUAUAAUGUUUCCAAAAAGCUCAUUUGUUCAUCUGUACCUUACUUCGAGAAAAUGUUUUGCUGCGAUUUAUUGGAAUCUAAAAGAAGCAAGGUGGAGCUAGAUUUUGAUGAACAUGUAUUCGAUGCUAUCCUCGAUUGGAUUCACUCGGAAUCAUUCUUCCUCCAAAUGGAAAAUGUUAUUAGUUUUUACGAAGCAGCUGAUUAUUUGAUGAUAAAUGAACGUUUGUUUCAACCUUGUUUGGCCUUUUUCCACGAAAAUUUCACCAUUAAACAUCUACCAGUUGUGCUACCUCAAGUUACCAGAGUGUCUAAAAUCUUGACUUCUGGAGCUAUUAACAACAUAAUUUGUCGCUAUUUUUUGAUGAUCGCCAAUACGGAAAUUUUCUUGAAUUAUCCAGUUGAGACAGUUGAAGCUAUUCUCAAAUUAGAUUUGAUGGUUUACUCUGAAUAUCAAAUUUUUGAAUCAAUCAUGAAAUGGGUGAAUGAAUAUGUCGGACCUCGAAAAGAACUACUUCCACAACUAUUGGAAUGUGUUCGUUGGUCUUUCAUGGAUCCUGAUGAUAUUUGUAAGGUAAAGGCUAAUGAAUUAAUCAAGAUGCUGCCUAAUUUCGACGCAGUUACUUUCGAAAAUGAUGAAACUGGCUUCGAUCGCAGCAAACAAAACUUCUUUGUUUCUAUUCAUCAAAGAGAUACAUCAACACUAAGAAUAAAAGCGUUUGAUGAUGACUUUUUUUGUUUCACGAUUGGUGAUUUUACUCAAGAUGAUUCUAUGUCACUUAAAUUCAUUCAUGGAGAACACAUUUCAGAUAUUUUAUUUGAUUCUGGAACAAAAGGAGUUCGAAUUGAUUGGGUUAAGAAGACAUUUCGAUGGCUCGACUUCAAAGUUGCCGGUAAAACUUACUACAGUGACUUAAUUAAAUUCCUGGUAAAGUUUUCAGAUAAUCUCAGUUAUAACUCCUGCUGUUUAGACGACAAAGAUGUAAAGCUUCCUGCUUCAAUUUCCAGUGAAGAUAGACUGCUUCUUGAAUCUAAUGGUAAAACCAUUUUGAUUGGUAAAACUCUCGACAAGAUGAAGUGGUUUGGUCUAUUCCCAGCUAAACAUAAAAGUUGGUUCAAUGGUUAUAGAGAUCGAAAAACCUAUUUUCAAGCUACUGUUUUGGACAAUGUUGUUUACAUAUUGACGAAGGAUCUCGAAUUUAUUCAAUUUGAUCGAGAAACUAAAUGUUUCGACAAGAGGGAACCAUUCAAAGACGAAAAAUGGGAUUUCAAUGAUUUAAUCUUGACUUCUCAUCAAACAAACGAUGACAAAGUUAUUUUGGUCAACAAGAGAUCUGGAAAAGUGCAUAUUUUUUGUCUUGAUGAGGAUGAAUGGAUUGAAAAAUAUUGUAUCAUGAAUGUAAACUUUUGUUCCAACAAUUCUGGUUCUUCUAUUGCUAAGCUGAUUGCCUUCACUUCUACAUUUUUACCAAUGAACGUUAUUGAACCUCUGUAUGAGCAUAGCGCUGAUUGACUCUGAGCUACCAUAUGUACCAUACUGUUCCGCUUUAAUUUAAGUUUCAAAUUUUCCAUAAAAUUAUUCGUAUUUAAAA